GGUGAGGCGCACCAGUGGCGCGCUGGCGUGGGCACCUACUAUAGCUGCCGCGGGAUUUGUCCUGUAACCUGCCAGGAGCUGGCGGCCGAGCAGACAUGGAUGUUGGAGUUGCCCACAGUGAGGUAAACCCCAAUACUCGUGUAAUGAACAGCCGUGGUCUGUGGCUGACAUAUGCUCUGGGAGUUGGCCUGCUUCACAUUGUAUUUCUCAGCAUCCCCUUCUGCAGUGUUCCUGUUGCCUGGACCGUAACAAACAUAAUACAUAAUCUGGUGUCCCCGCGUAUUCUUGCUGGCGAGGUCUCGCGGGACAUUUGGUGCCGAGAACCCGGGACGCCACACCAUCGCCAGGCGCUGAGAGAGGAGGUCCUCCAUCCGUGGAGAGAAUCCAAAAAGCUGCAGGACGCAGGAAGAAGACAACCCAUUCUGGCUACCAGAACGACUGACACGGAGAAUUCUGAUGCCUAGAAAUGACUCCCGGAUGGAUCCCUCGGAAACUACCACUAGCCCUCACACUGCCUCUUUGGAUUUGGAUUCCUAGUACUUCAAAGAAUGGGUGGGGGUGGCUCUGUUUGGUGCAGCCCUAUGCUGUGGAUUAGUGUUCAUGCUAUGGUUGGUUUGCAAACUCAGAUCUCAACAGAAACGUGACAAGGCUGUUAUCACUCAAGCACUUGUGGCCAUUGAACAAGGGGCCUCCCCUAAAAUUUGGUUAUCUAUCUUCAAAAAUUAGUCGGUAUCUGAGUUCUCUGCUCUUGCACCCCAUGGAUCUAUGGAUCCAUUGCACUGGGAUGAGAGAGACUCAAUGAUUCUUUGAUCAGCCCUUCUACAUCGCUGAGGUUUCCUCAUUGCACACGAUAGGGUGAUCAUGAUUUCCCCACUAACUCAUUUUCUGGCUGGCCUCUUUUUAGAGUUCGCCCUAGGUCAUUUAAACAGUUACUGUCACACAGCACUGCGGUAUCCAGAGACGGGCAACUUUCCUCAUGCACAGACCAAUCUAAGACACGGGGCCCGGUGGCGAUAGGGUUACCCUUCGACGGAUAAGGCUGUGACAUAGAGGAACGACCUAAGACAGGAGCCACAGCAGAUGGACGUAACUGCAGGGACCUAGACCAGCCGAGACAAUAAUUUAUUGUUAUUAAUAAAAUAAUAAGGGGGAGAUGUAGAGGGCCGCAAUAACAUUCACCACCACUAGAUGGCGCUGGCUUCCACUGCGCCCCACGUGGAAGGCCGAGAUAGCUUUGCCAUUACAAGAUGGCGCUGGCCUCCGCCGCGCCAGCCGACUUCCUUUCAGGAAGUUAACUGUGUGCGCAUGUGCAAGAGUGCCUUCGUGCCAGGUCUUUGCCCACUCCGGGGCAUGCCUAAUGAGAUCACGGGUAAGCGACCAAUCAGGUGUGGAUGCGCCGCACUAGGGUGUAUAUAAGCCGCGCCAUGCCGGUGCGCCUGGCCUCUCUUUAAGAUUCAAUAAAUGUUUUAGCUGCAGUAAGGA